AUGGCCUCUUCCAGCGAACCUCCCCCGAGGCUGGUCCUGACGCCCCACGACUCCAUCACGCCCUCCCCCGGCCCCGUCCUGGUCUGCAUCCUGGACGGCUGGGGCGAGAACAAGAACAAGGAUGAAUUCAAUGCUGUGCACAGCGCGGACACGCCGUGCAUGGACGCCCUGGCGGAGAAGGCGCCGGAUCGCUACCGCACGGUGCAGGCGCACGGCGUGGCGGUGGGGCUGCCCACGAACGCGGACAUGGGGAACAGCGAGGUGGGGCACAACGCCCUGGGAUCGGGCCAGGUGGUGGACCAGGGCGCGCGGCUGGUGGACAUUGCGCUGGAGACGGGGUCGAUGUUCGAGAGCGAUGGCUGGCGCCUGGUGGCGCAGGCGUUCGAGGACCGCACAGUGCACCUGAUCGGGCUGCUGUCCGACGGGGGGGUCCAUUCGCGGGCCGAUCAGGUGUACAAGCUGCUGCGCGGCGCGGCGGAGCGCGGCGCCAAGAGGAUCCGGAUGCACAUUCUGACGGACGGGCGGGACGUGCCGGACGGGUCGUCGGUGGGGUUCGUGCAGCAGCUGGAGGGCGAGCUUUCGGGGCUGGCGCGCGACCACGGCGUCGACGGCAAGAUUGCGUCGGGCGGGGGGAGGAUGUACGUCACGAUGGAUCGCUACGAGGCCGAUUGGGGCAUCGUGAAGCGCGGCUGGGACGCGCACGUGCUGGGCAGGGCGCCCAAUCGGUUCAAGGACGCCGUGGAGGCGGUGAAGACGCUUAAGGGGGAGGGCGCGUCGGCGAAAUCCGACCAGUGGCUGGAGCCGUUCGUGAUCGUGGACGAGGAAGGGAGUCCGGUGGGGACGAUCGAGGACGGGGAUGCUGUGGUGCUGUUCAACUUUAGGGCAGACAGGAUGGUGGAGAUCAGCAAGGCAUUCGAGUACGAGGAGUUCGCGGCGUUUGACCGCGAGCGCUUCCCCAGCGGCCUGCGCUUCGUGGGCAUGAUGCAGUACGACGGCGACCUCAAGCUGCCCACGAACUACCUGGUGCCGCCGCCGCUGAUCAACAGGGUGUCCGGGCAGUACCUGGUCCAGAAUGGGAUCAAGACCUUCGCCUGCUCGGAGACUCAGAAGUUUGGCCACGUUACUUUCUUCUGGAAUGGGAACCGAUCGGGGUACUUUGACGAGGAGCUGGAGACUUAUGUCGAGAUCCCGUCGGACAACGUGCCCUUCAACCAGGCCCCGGACAUGAAGGCCAGGGAGAUCUGCGAGGCCGGCAAGGAGGCCAUGUUCUCUGGCCGGUACCAGAUGGUGCGGGUCAACUUUGCCAACCCUGACAUGGUGGGGCACACUGGCGACCUGCAGGCCACCAUGCGGGCAUGCGCCCUGGUGGACAAGUGCGUGCAGGAGCUUCUGGACGUCUGCGAUGAGGUGAAUGGCCGGUGGCUGGUGACUGCGGACCACGGCAACGCAGAUGACAUGGUGCAACGGAAGAAGACGGGGGAGGCGCUGUACCACGGGGACGUGCCGCUGCCUCUGACGUCUCACACGCUGGCGCCUGUGCCAGUGGCGGUGGGCGGGAAGGGCCUGCCAGAGGGCGUGCGCUUCAGGCAGGACCUGCCCAAGGCGGGGCUGGCCAACAUCACUGGCACCUACAUCAACCUUUUGGGUUUUGCAGUGCCCGACUUCUAUGAACCGAGCCUGAUCGAGAACGUCCAGGAGGGCAAGUAG